ACUUAAUAUUUAGUAUCGUCACCACAAUGUCCGGACCAGUACAGGAUGUUGUUGAAGAAGACGCAGCCGAUUUACAAUUUCCAAAAGAAUUUGAAAAUGCUGAGACUCUCCUUAUAUCUGAAGUAGAUAUGUUAUUAGAGCACAGAAAGGCACAAAAUGAAUCUGCUGAGGAGGAACAAGAAUUUUCUGAAGUUUUUAUGAAGACACUAACUUACACUAAUAUGUUUAAAAAGUUUAAAAACAAAGAAACUAUUGCAGCAGUGAGAAAUCUCCUUCAGUCGAAAAAAUUACAUAAAUUCGAGGUAGCAAGUUUAGCUAACUUAUGUCCAGAAACAUCAGAAGAAGCUAAAGCAUUAAUACCAUCUCUAGAAGGAAGAUUUGAAGAUGAGGAACUUAGGAUACUAUUAGAUGACAUCCAAACAAAACGGAGUUUACAAUAUUAGAGCAAUUGUAUGAUGAUAAAUAAUGGAUUGAUUUUAUUAAUUCUCAACUAGUAUAUAAGUAUUAUUUUAUUAAGAAUCCACACAUAUUCCUAAAUCAAUGUGAAUAUGCUGGUACUGAGUGUCAACCACACAACUUCAUUCAGAGCAGUCCAAUUUCAAUGCUAUAUUUUUAUUACAUACUUAAGCGCAGGGCAGGAAGAACCAAGUAUAUAAAUUUUUUGUAUGAAUAUAUUUACGAAUUUUUAAAUUAAUAAUAGUAAACAUUACAAUGUAAUAGCUUUGUAAAUCAAGGUUGGAUUUUAUUAAAUGUACCGAAUGUAUAUAAGGGUUAUUGAUUUAGAAUUAACAGAAGACUGUCUAUUUAACAUACAAAAGAAGUGUGAAUAAAAAAAUUAAUGUGUUAAAUCAGUCUGUAUAUUGGAUAUGUCUGCAAUACAGCAAGAUACAUUACAGUGAAAACAGAUAAAAGUGAUAAAAUAUUGGAAACAAAAAUAGUAAUUAGAAUUUCUUCUCUGAAACAAAACUAUAAUAAAACCAUCUUAUCAUUACUUAAAAAGUACAUACUAUUAAUAUUGAUGUUAAUUAAUGCCUCCUAACUAAACAAGCCUUUUGUUCAACAUCACAUGUAAACAAACUAAAUGAAUUUUUCAUUAAUAAACCUCAACAAUUUUAGAUAACUAAAACUCAACAAUGCUUUGAUAAUUUUACUUAUUUACUAAUUUUGUUGCCUAAACAUUAUUCAUUAACAAAAUGCCGAACAAAAGGUUUGCUCCUUUUAUAAACUUAUAUCAAUGGGCACUUUUGGUUUAGUUUAAAAGUUAGUAUUUAAUCUAAUAUCAUUAAUAAAAAUUACAAACUUAUUAUUCACCUAAAAGCAAACUUGUAAAAUAAUAUUAAUCAUCUAUAAAAGAACUAUCAAAUCUAAGGUCCUAGCACAUUACUUUAU